AUGCCGCCCCAGGCUGCUCCUGGAUUCUGCCGUUUUUGCUUCAGGGAAUUCAAGUUCCUGAAGGAGCAUGAGCAGAACAUGCACGAUGGGGACAAAGGUCGAAUGGAGCCCGUGGAGUGCUCCGAACCGACGUGCUUCGCAAAGUUUUUGAACAGGGCUGCUCUGCGGAAGCAUUAUGAAAAGCACCACAGAUUUACUCCAAGGUGUCCUGUUCAACCACAGGGACAACCACAAGAGUCACAGCAGAAGGAACACGAAAAUGGAGGUAUUGAUCAGCGGGAAGAACAAGGAGAACAAGAAGGAGAGCAGCAGGAAGGUCAGCAACAAGAAGCGUCACGGCCAGGAGUGGACCUUCAAGAGACACAACAUCAGGAUGUACAGCAGCAAGAGCUGCAGCACGACGGAGGGCGCCUUGAUCAAGCAAAUCUCCAGGAGCAGGACUUGAUUGCCUUGGUAACCAUGGCAACAGCCGCGGCACAACAGAGCAUGAGCGUGAUCCAAGUACCUGCCGCGAUGGAAUUAGCUCAAAAGAAACAGGAGCUCCAGGAAUCAAGUUGUGAAUCAGACGGUCCUCGACAGAAGAGACGAAGGAAAGCACCACCUGCAAAGGACGCUUCAUGA